UUAAUAUUUUUUCAACAGCUUCAGAAUCCUGCAGAAAUAGGUACACUGAUUGGCCAGAAGCAUUCUGAUGAUAGUUGCAGCUUUGAUAUGAAGACAUUUUCUCAACCUGAUGAAAAUAGUGCAUUAUUAUUCUGUACUAAAGGAAACUCUUCUGCUUCUGAAGAAAUUUUACCAGAUACUGAACUUAUUGAUAGUAUAGUCAAAGAGGAAAAUAACAAAGAUGAUGAUGAACUUCAGCAAAUUUUAUUUGAAAGUGAUGAUGAUGAAGAUGGAAGUGUUCACAAUGACAGUGAUGGUGAUUUAUUAUAUGAAGCUGAUAUUGAAAGUGAUGAUGAAGAAAUUGAUUUAUAUUCUAUUUCGGAAGAACUUUUUCAAAAUGUUGCAGAUACAAGUGCAUCUACAUCAACAUUAACAGGAUCUCCAUUGUUGGAAAAUCCAUUUAUUUCUUGGUCCUCAAACGUGGAUAAUAGUAAAAUAUUUUUGAGCAGCUUUGAGAAUAAUUCAGGUCCUGUACAUAAUCUACCGCCUGGUUCUCCUUGUCAUUCUUAUUUCAAAUUGUUAUUCACGGAAAAUAUGGCAGAAGACAUUCGAAUAAACACAAACAAAUAUGCAGAAUUUGUUGCCAAAAGUACAGGUAUAAUUGAUAAAUUAUGGACACCAAUAAAAUCAACAUCAGAAAUAUGGGCUGUAAUCUCAAUUAUUCUUAUUAUGGGUAUAGUAAAAUUGCCUGCAGUUCACUAUUAUUGGUCUAGCCAUCCCGCGCUUGGGAACGAGAUGAUAAAGAAACUAAUGCCACGAAAUCGCUUUCAGAGAAUACUCAAAUAUUUUCAUUUAUCUAACAGAGAAAAAGAAUUGCCAAGAGAAAAUCCUCAAUUUAAUUUGCUUCAAAAAUUGGAGCCAUUUAUGUCUUUUCUGAAAGAAAAUUAUCAAAUAUAUCUUUCUCCUCCUCAAAAUCUUUUGAUCUCUGAAGCACUGUUUAAGUACAAAGGGCGUUCAGGAGUAGUACAAUAUAAACCAUUGAAUAUGGCAAAACAUGGGCUGAAAAUUUGGAUGCUUUGCACAUCAAAUAAUGAAUAUGUGUAUAAUUUUGAAGUAUGCUUUGGGGGAAAUGACACAAUACCAUGUAGUGGGAAAGGACAGGGUUAUGAUGUUGUAAUGCAGUUGACACAUGUUCUGCAUCAACCAUUUCAUCAUUUGUAUUUCAAUAGAGUUUUCUCAAGUAUACAAUUGAUGAUAGAUCUGCUUGCAAAAAAUAUUUAUGCCUGUGGAACGAUAUUUCCUAACAGAAGGUAUCUUCCCACAACCUUAAAAGCAUUAAAAUGUAACCAAAAUGAAAUAUUUGUUCAGCAAUGCAAAGAAUGUCCAAAUUUACUAUACUCAACUUGGUAUGACAAUAAACCCAUAAACAUAGUUUCUACUAAUGAGAAAAUGGGUAUCACAUACAUGAAAAAAAGUAAAGGAGGGGAAUUGAAUAUAGUACCUACUACAUGCCCUACUGUUUAUUCAAAUUUUAAUAAGUUUAUGGGUGCAUUUAAUUUUGUUGAUCAAAAUAGAAUAUAUAAUAUUUCAAGAAAAUCAGCUAAGUGGUGGUUUUAUCUAUUUUGGUUUUUGUUGGAUACCACCCUACAAAAUGCUUAUUAUUUAUAUGUUUUGACCAAUAAUCCUUCGACAAAGAAAAGGAUGGAUGUCCGGCAGUUCAGACUUCAGGUCAUCGAUGGCCUGUCAAGAAAUUUCAGCAGCCGCAAAAGAAGGGGUAGAGUUAGCGAAGUAAUUGCACCAAUUACCGAAGGAAAUGUGCAUCUGCAUAAAAAGGUGAAAAUCGAUGGGCGAAAGAGAACGUGCGUACAGUGUCGGCGGCACAAUCGUAAAACUAUUUCGAAUCGAUGCAUAGAAAGCUCUUGGGAAUGUACUUAUUGCAAUGUCUGUUUAUGUGCAAAAUGCUUUGAACCAUAUCAUCAAGAAAAUAUGUAAUUUUGUCAUUCCAUAAAAAAAAAAUUUAGUUUUAGAAUUAUAAUUAUAAAAAUAUUCUGUUUAAUAUUUCUGUUUAUAUUAAAAAAAAUCUUC